UUUGUUUAGGUAUUCUUGCUCUUGAAUCCAUAGAAACUGCAACCAUGAGAUUCAGGAAAGGAAGUAAAGUGGAGGUGCUGAGCACCGCGGAAGCCGCGACGGCUUCUUGGUUUUGUGCCGAGAUCAUCUCCGGGAACGGCCACACUUACAGCGUGAAGUACGGUUGGUCUCCGGCGAUGGAGAGGGUGCCUCGCAAGGCUAUUAGGCCCUGUCCACCGCCUCUUGAAGGAGCUGCAGAUUGGGUCCCUGGCGAUCUUGUUGAGGUGUUCGUCAAUCCUGCUUGGAAGACUGCGGUGGUCGUGGAGGUUUUAGGUGGGAAUGGAUUUUCUGUUAGGCUUGUGGGAUCCAAAACCGAAUUCAGAGUCCCUAAAUCUCAUCUGAGGUCUCGUCAGUGUUGGAAAGACGGUAGAUGGUUCCUGAUUGGAAAGGGUUCUGGAAAUUCUACUGUGUCGAAGGUGACGAGGCAGAUUGAGGCUGCGAUGGAGCCUUAUGUCGGUGCUGAUGGAACUCGAAAGUCUCCCAUGAUUUCGGAAGGUGCGCUGAAGAGAAGAUCUUCCCCUUGCUUGUCAGAUGCUGAAACUGAAUACCAUGCCGUGGCAAAGAAGAUUAGAUUGAUUGUCAAAGAUAGUACUGGUGCACGAUCACUUCUACUGCAUCCAUCUCCCUUCUCUGAAAAGGUAGAUGCACUUGUUACCCAGCAAAAAUUGCUGGGUGAGAAAGAUAUGCAUGCUUCUUUUCAUGAUAGAACUACUAUGUGGACCGGAAUGGAUGUGUCUAGUGAAAAUAAUAGAAUAGAUAUUGAUAUUCAUAGUUGUGCAUCUUCUGUUGGUAGUUGUAGCAGUGAGGGGUAUGAUAUUGAUAGGUUGCCUUUUGGUUUUAGAACAUACCAUACUGAGAAGAACGUAGAUGAUUAUUCUAGUGAUGCUGAAUCAGGUUGUGGAGAUAGGUAUGGAGAAGGAGCUUGUUCUCUUUCCACAAAUGUGGAACUGAGAACAGAUAUCCAUAGGUCAGAGCUACAUGCCUAUCGCCGUGCUAUUCAGGCAUUGUAUGCUUCUGGACCUCUGAGUUGGGAAGAUGAAAUAAAGAUGACAAAUCUACGUAGUAGACUCCACAUAUCAACUGAUGAGCAUUUGACAGAGUUAAAAAAUUUGAAAUACAAUCAAACUGGACCCUCCCUUUGCUGUUAUUAGAUUUUCUUUUAGUUUCAUAAUUUCGUUUUGUCCCCCCAUGUGAAGUUUUGUAAGCAAAAGGAAUGCCAAAUACUGUAAAAGUCAAUGGAAGUGUACAAAAUAUUCUUUUUCUGUCUAUUUGCACAACGUGUUAUUGGAUCAAUGUGCAAUAGUUCAUUUUUAAUUUCAGCAUUGUGAACCACAACUGUUAACUGUGGAAAUUAUUAAUGAGCAACAUCAUCUAGUUCUACUGUCAAAAAUUGGCAAAAUGCAUGGUCAGGUUUCAUGAUAUCAAUUUCAAAAGUUUCUGUGAGGCUUGUAAAUUUUGUAUUUUAUCUCUUAAGCAUCACCGAAUUUGAAAUCUACAAAUCCCAUUUUCAGUUUCUAUCAUUAAUGCUGAUUUUAUAGAUUUUCAUUUUGCUAUUAUACAUCUUUGUAAUUCUACUGGUGUUAUGCCAUUCAAGUUUGAAAUAAAAUCUUGUUGAGGAUUAUGUUGAUGCUUUCUCAGAACAUCCCGUUGCCGAUGCUGGAGGCAUGCAUACCUUUCUUUUAAAGGUAUGAAGGUGGGGAUGGAGAUGAGUUAGCCACCUCCUGCCAUAAACCAACAAGCAGCAUCUACAGAUUUUUGUCACUCGAAGGAAAUAUUGAGCAUUCAAGAUGGUAUGGUUUUUCUGGCCAAAAAACAGAUGGUAUGGUUUUAUUUUUCUUAUACUGAAUUAUGUUACUCCUAAACAACCCCUUUCUAAAAUUCUGUUCUGUUAGCAAGUGUGGGUAAUUCCAUAACGUGCUUUAUACUUCAGAAAGAAUGUUCUAAUUUCUAAGCAUGUAAAUACAAAGUAUAAUGUACU